AUGGCUGACGCAAAGAAGGACGCUGACCGGAACCCGAAGGAUGAUAUUCAGGCUGCCCAUUCCGACCUGAUCACCUUCCUCUACGAGCCCAAGGGCGAGACGUACGACAAGGCGUGCAAAGCCCUCGAAGCCAACACCGGCCUCAAGCGCGAGCAGGCUGCCUACGGCCUCUUCGCCGUCCUCGGCCUCUACCUCAUCUUCGGGGCGUUGGCCCAGUUUGUGUGCAACCUGAUCGGCUUCGCCUACCCGGCCUACGCCUCCGUCAAGGCGAUCCGCACGUCGUCGAAAGACGACGACACACAGUGGCUGAUCUACUGGACCGUGUUCGCCUUCUUCUCCAUCAUCGACUUCUUCACCGACGGCAUCCUGUCCAUCUUCCCCUUCUAUUUUGUCGUCAAGGUGCUCUUCCUGCUCUACUUGUACUUGCCGCAAACGCGCGGCGCCUCAUACCUCUACACCCGGUUCAUCGACCCGGCCAUCACCGAGUUCGACAAGUGGCUGGCCAAGCAAGGCUCGGCCCAGGGCUCGGCGAGCAACGCCGCCUCGCUGAAGAAGGAC